AUGGUGGAAACAACUACGAGGAAGUCAACAGUUGUGCUUCUGUGUUGCCAGGACGCCUACAGCCCGGGUAUAAAGGCUGCCCAGCGAAGGAGCCUCCAGACAUCACCGCCCUCCUCUCUGACUCCACUCCAAUCCCACACCACCAUGUGCCACACCAGCUGCUCCACGGGCUGCCAGGCUUUCUGCAGCACCCCCAGCUCCUCCUGCUAUGUGCCCAUGAGCUACCAGCCUGCCGUGUCCGUGCCCGUGAACUGCCAGUCUGCCGUGUCCGUGCCUGUGAGCUGCCAGCCUGCUGUGUCCGUGCCCGUGAACUGCCAGUCUGCCAUGUCCAUAAGCUGCCAGCCUGCUGUGUCCGUGCCUGUGCCCGUGAGCUGCCAGCCUGCCGUGUCCAUAAGCUGCCAGCCUGCUGUGUCCGUGCCUGUGAGCUGCCAGCCUGCCGUGUCUGUGCCCGUGAGCUGCCAGUCUGCCAUGUCCAUAAGCUGCCAGCCUGCUGUGUCCGUGCCUGUGAGCUGCCAGCCCUCUGUGUCCGUGCCCGUGAGCAGCANGAAUUUGGGGGGUUGUGUGGACGACUCGGUUGGUUGA